GUCAUUUCAAAACUUAACUCACACUCCCAAGUCAACGCGGCGAGUUGCUCACCUCCUCCUCUCCGGUAAAGUCCUCUCUUGUGUUUGGCGGAGCACAUUGAAGAAAAGUCCAGGAGGUGAAAUAAACUAUAAAAAACACACAUUUUCCAACCAGGCACGAAGCGGGAGGAUUUUCUCUCAGGAACCCCGGGACCAGAGCCCCUCUUUCAGCGGGUGAAGGCGGCUCAACUUCAUUUUUUCUGAAUUUCAACUGAAGCCAAAAUGAACCGGAGCUUUAAUAGAUCGCAACCUCUGCGAAAUGUGGAUUGUAACGCAGUGGAAGUGAAAAGCAAGGUGAGUGAAUCUGAAAGCUUUCCAAAGAUACAACGAGUUCACAUGGUCGUCUCGCUGCGGAGCUGAAGUUGUCGGGGCAAACUGUCUGCAACUCACGACUCACAUUUUCUCCUCUCAGGUUUUUUUUUUUUUUUUUAUCAUGAAGCGGUACCUGAACGCACCAAUUUCUCGCAUGUUUCUGGAAUUUGCAGGGAUAAGCUCCUUCUUCCCUCCGACCAUGCAGAUAGUGCUUGAUAGUUUUCUUCCACAGUCUCCCUGUCUGUCUGUCAAAAAUCACUUUUUUCAGCUAAGCAUUUUGUUUUAAUGAGAUGGUUUUAUCCGGUGAAUCGGAUGUUUUUCUUUUUUAUGUUGCAACAUUAGCUGCGUUCACUGUGGGUUUUGGACUACAUAGUUUCAACCCACUUAUUGUUUUGAGUGGUUUAGGAGAAGCUGCGUAAAGUUAGUGAACCAGAAAGUUAAUGAACAGUGUUGAGCACGUUUUAAGAGAUACCAGUUUAGGCUAUAUCAAUCUGAUCAUGUGUGGUGAAAGAAUUUUCCAUGUCAUGAUUUGUUUUGGAGAUGCACGGUCCAUUUUUUUCCGAUCCAUCCGAUACUGAUACCUGGGCCGAGCGUAUCGGUCGAUAUCCGAUACCGAUCUAAUACUACAGUUGAAUGAAUGAAGUGAAUACCUUGCCCUGUGAGUGAAGGCAUCAGGCUUGACAUUAGCCUUGUUAAAAAAGGUAACAAAUUAACACAGAUAUAAAUUUACUUGAUAUUGUUUAUUAGCAAAUAACAAAUUGCACAUUAGCACACAGCAAAAAGAAGUAAGACUUCCAUGUAUUAAAAGCUGUCGUUCAUCCAAUAUCCGAUUCGCUUCAUUUGUCAAUAUCAGGGCCGAUAUCCACAUCCUUUCAUAGACUUUAUGUAAUUGAGAUAUUUUUCCAGUAUCAAUUCCAUUAUUAUGAACACAACACAGAGAGGUAUGUGUUUGCACAUGCCAGCAUAUAUGAGUGUAUCUGCACAUACAUGAAGGCUGAGACCCUGAGUCACAGAUGACAUGGGACGAACAGGUGACUCACACAGCGCAGAGAUCUUUUCACUUUGUCUCUUGGCUGCCCAGUUUCAUUGGAGAGCUGCUAGAUGGGGGUGGAGGUGGGAGACCUGGGAAUACACUGACAUUGAUAACAGAGAAGAUGGAGAGUAAAUGAGACACUACUAUUUAAAGAUGCUCAUGCAUCAUCAGAUCUGUGUUUUUAGCCCUGAGCCUGGGUGAGCUUUUGUGUAUGUCCCUCACAAACAGGAGCAGAGUGGUCUCUCUAGUGUCUGGGACUGAUGAGCCCAAACCCCUCAUGGCGGGAUCGGCAGGUUUACCAGCGUCAUCACUGCAGAGCUGACUCACAUGUUUCCCUUUUUGGAUCAGUUAUAAUGCAUCACUUUUAUGACGUCACUUAGCUAUUGUCCUCUCUGGUUUUAUUGCGAUCCUUCCUCUAAACAACAAAUGAGCACAUGAUCAGUUCAUGUGACUCAACCUGAAUGACAGUUUAGUGUAUUUGAACUAAAACUGUCUUAUCUAGCGGGUAGCUGCUGCAUAUCAUGAUAUCGCAGAUUUGCUAAAAGGAAGAAGGAAGGAGUGAAAAGUGUUGAAUUUUGGUCAUGCAUCAACUUUUUAGUCGAGCCUCAUAAGAGUCAUACAGCUAAUAAAUCAAACCCUGACUUUGUAUUGGCUGGUAUUGAUGUGACCCAGAGUCAGGUAUCAGUUUGAAGAUUAGAGUAGUCGGGUCUGUUUAUCCCUGAAACCAUUAAGGGUUAAUCUAAAGUAGGAUCCAGACAUGUUAAGUAGAUAUACCUGGCCUCUACCUCAGUGUGUGUCCUAUCUGAUAAAAAACAAAAAAGGCCCAUAAAUAAAACUUGUAAAUAGUGAUAUAAUCCAAACAAUAUCACCAAACUAUCAUUAUCUAGAAGCAUUUAGUAAACUGAUUGAUCAUUUAAAGACAAACUUUACAGAAAGUCUUGUUUUAGAUUCGCUUCAGCCUGGAUGACUGAGCAACUUAGUGACAGAUCUGUGCUGUUUAGUCCAGAUCAGGCCUUAAAUGAUAAGUUUACAUCUAAAAGUUUCAGUCCUUCAAAGAAUAAUUAAAAAGUGCAGCUGAAGUGAAUCGUUCACAUUUACUCGACUACCUCAGAGUGGUACAGGUGUGUUUGUUGUCUGUAAUACCGAGUGUGUGGUCCUCUUUGAUGCCUUGCUUCUCGCUGGUCCCCGUUUGGUUUUCUCAGGGGAAACUGUCACAGUGAUUUGCUUAUCAGAGAUAACACCAGAGGUGUCUGGCUGCCUGUCAGGGAGCCUCGGCAAGGAGCUGGUUUCACUCACUUAAAGCUCUUAUCAGAGGAGGAGAGAUUGCGUCAGGAUGGAGGGGGAUGGGCCAGAUUUUUGACUUGCUUCCCAUGUCCUUGCUUUUAUCUUGUACAGAUUUCAGGUUUUUUGAGUUUCUGGUUAUCUUCACUCAACAGUGUUGCAGUUUUUGUUUUGCAAAGUGCAGAGAUCUAUCAGGUGAUUUUCCAGGUGUGGUUUCCCAGCUUUCUGGUGUUAAACUCCGAGUAAGCCAGAUGUCGGUUAUUUUCAAUUUUCCUAGUGUGUCAGAGUUUAGUGUCUCUAAACAAGUUUGAACCUGUUGACAUCAUUCAGCCCUGAUAGGCCAGAAGGACAAGUGAUGUCACGUUCGUAGUGAUAUAUUCUUAGGUUCGGGUUUUAGCGUGGAGGCGCCUGAUUAAUCAAACCGUGUUCAGACUUGUCCGCACCAGAGGGCCGAGCACUGCUUGUGAAAACAGAUUGUUCAGACUGAUCAGGAAGCGCGGCGCAAAGAGAACAUUGAGAUACAGAGCGGUGACGAGUUUUUCAGAUAUGCAGAGGUAGAGUCAUUACUGCAUAUGUGAAGAGUUAGAUGUUGAAGUCUUACAGCGUUCAUCAUCAGCAUCAUCAUCAUCAGAGGUAUUUCUUGUGGGAGUUUCACUUUUCCAAAUGUUAAGUACACCUCCUGAAGACUGACGGACCUGUUUGUCUGCUUGUUGUGUCAUCUUAAAAUGUAGGUUGAGUAUAAUUAGCCUCAAUCCACGUUGAGUGCCACACAGUGGAAUAGCGUGUUAAAGCGUGAACCUCGCUUUGCCUGCAGUGAAUCUGGCAGCAGACGAGAUGCCCGCCUGGCACCCCCUGUUCUCCUCAUAAAUACAUGUCAUCCCCUAAUAACAGACUUUGUUAAUGUAUCCCCUGAUCUUCUCUCUACCUCUGAGUCAGUAUACUAUUACUUUGUCAGCAGUUUUCCUCCCUCUCCCUCCUCUUCCUCCUGCUCCAUGAUCACCAUCAUCUCCUCUCCUCUGCUAACAGCUUCCCUGAGUCGUGAGCUGAUGAUUAUAGUACCUAAAAGCACCUUCGUCUACAAAUUGCCGCUGUGAUUAAAACACCAGAGCUCGCCUGUUGUUGUGGUUUAUGGGGCUUUUGUGCCGCGGUCGUGACUCUCCCUCUCAAGUCCAUUCUUGUCCGUGAGUCAUAUGAUGACCCCGCUGUGACCCUCAGACAUGCUCUCAUUGGUGGUUCGGUGACCUAGCUGGGAAGGCCCUACCGCAAUUGUUCAAAUGUGAGCUCUUGUGCGUAAACAGUGGCUGGGAGGCGGGGUAGCCUGCCACUGUCAUUUAUACAUAUUGAAAUAAGCUUAGUCAUCUACCUUUUAUUGUUAUAUUGCAGCAACCCUCAUCCCCUUUUCCUGCUAUUUUUUUUUCUUUUAGGUCAAAGUUACAGGAGAUGUUGCAGGUAGUUUUAUAAUGGGGAUUUCUAAAUAUACUGGAGCCAACAGAGGACUGCUUGGCUCAGGCAGUUGGCCUCCCAUAUCCUACUUUAGUUGAAUAACAACAGCAUUAAAAGCAUUUAAAGACAGGUAACAAUCUGGACAGUAGAUAUAUUUACUGUGAACUGGUUUGACAGGAAGGCUAAUACUUGAUAAGUCUGUUAAAGUCUUGGCUUGAUAUCUGCUUCUAGGUUUAGGACAUCAUGAAAGUGGUGUAGACUUUGUUUUCAGUGUACGCAAAUGUUUACGCAUCGGAAACUUUUCAUCUAUUCUUGCAAAUACAAGACAUUUGCAUCCCUGCUAUCUUCUCUUGAAGUUAAAAUCUUUAUCUCAUAACGUAUAUAUGACGCAGACAAGUACUCUAGGCGUGGUUGUUAGACUUGUCUAUAAAAAGCAUCAGGGGACUCAGGGCUUGACACCAACUUUUUUCAGAAGGAGAAUUAUUCUCCUAAGUUGAAAAAGUAAGGAGCACAUUAAGAACUUUAGGGGCACAAUGAAAAUUGAUCAAAUAAUGUGUGUCUUAUUGUUCGACAUAAGUACUAUUAUUUAAAAUCAAUUUGAGGCCAAUUGGUCACAUUAUUGAUGGAAAACAGCCUUUUCUGAGAACAUUAACUGGUAAUUUGUUGAUGGUCCCAACACUCAACGUUGACAGCGAGGGUGCCUUGUAGAUUUGACCGCACUGCUGUUGUUAUUCCAGGUUAUGGAGAGUGAGAAGUCGUCGGUAGAUCUGCGGCGAAUGUCCGUUGAAUAUCCAACCUCAAACUAACUUCACCACGGUAUUUACAUGAAAAAACAUUUGUUGCCAAUGGUCGCACUGUCGAGCCCCGGGACUUCAAACAGGGUUCCUACUCAGUUGGAAUUUCCAUACUUUUCCAUACCCUACUUUUUAGAAUUACUUUUGGAAAUACCUACUUUUCCAUUUUACAAAACAGUAUUUUAUAACUGUGGUUAUAUAGUCUGUUAACAUUAAUAUUUUUCCAUACUUUAUUUUUCAUUUACCGUACUUUUUAAGACUAAUUACUUCCAUAGACAAACACAUGUUUUCAAGUUUUUGAGUCUGUCACCUAUAAACCUGGAGAAACACUUUCCACCAGCUGAGUUACUUUGUCCAUCUUAAGGUCAACCUUCCACAAAAUUCAAUUUCCAUUGUUUAAGAGAAGGACAAAAAAUGUAGGUCAUAAAAAGUGUGUCUGUCUCUGUGUUUGUUUGCAGCUCUAGUUUUUGACAUUUAUCCAAGAGAGUAAGCAAAUAUUUAUAAAAGAAACAACAGCCUUUCACUGGGUUCAAACCAGCCAUGCAAAGGUUUCAUCUACUUAAUAUUUUAUAUGGAAACCAGUUCAGUCCUGAAGAGUGUCCCCCCCCGUGUGCCAAAUUCACAACAAGGUCAUGACUUCAGCUUUGUUAGUUUAUGCGUGCCACUCGGAUGGUUUAGAUUAUCGUAGAGGGUUGAUGUCCCGGGUUUCCUCUUCCUGUGACUGUCCCUGUUAAACGCCUCUCUAAUGUGAACUCUCUGUCUCUGUCUCUGUCUUUCUGCAGUAUGGGGCUGAAUUUCGCCGGUUCUCAGUGGACCGGGUCAAACCGGGCAAAUUCGAGGAGUUCUACAAACUCAUCCUGCACAUUCACCGUAUCGCCAAUAUGGAAGUGAUGAUUGGCUAUGCUGAUGUCCACGGUGAUUUGCUGCCCAUCAACAACGAUGACAACUUCUGCAAGGCGGUGUCAACGGCUCAUCCACUGCUCAGGAUCUUCAUACAGAGACAAGGUAGGAAGUCUGAGAAGUCGAUGGUAGAUCGGCAAACUUUAGCUUCUCCAUAAAUCAAUUAAAUCCAUUAAAAAAUUUUCCACAUUAAAUAUUCACAAACAAGAACUUUUGACUGAAGUCAGCAGGGAGAGAUUUUCUUGUCAAACAACACUACCUAAGCAUGUGGAGGAGGACUAGAUAGGCAAGGAUUGAUUUGUCCACAGGGGGCGUCAAAACUGACUCAUACAAAAAAUUACUAACUAGACCUUUAAUCUUGUUUUAUUCAGUGUUCAUUUUAGUCUGAUCGUCAUAAAUGUUCAAGUCAUAGUUAUCUUGGUUUUAAACUAGUCGUGUUUUCUCUCAGUUUCUUGUACCCACAAGGCACUGCAUCCUCGUUGGAACUACACACCCGGUCUUGUCUUUGGUUUUGUUUGCAAAAAGAUGCAUCCUUGUAGUGAGAAUAUGUACCGUUGCACUCAUUGCAGGUAAAUGAUUACUUAAAAAGGAUAACAAAGAGUGGUGUAACAGGUUAUCCACCCUAACAGAGUCGACUGUUUCAACUCUUCAUUAGUCCUCAGGGCAUUACGAAUAGAGGUGUCAUCAAUUAGUCUUUGCAUGUCAUUGUCUCCAUUCAGUCAUAAGAAACAAGUACUUAAGUGGUUUCUCAUCAUCAACAAAAUUAACACUAAAUGAAUGGACAAGGUCGUCCGGGCUGAAAGGACUUUGUCGCCAUAGGCAGCGAAGAAUUGGUCAUCAAUCUCAGCCGCUACAACUUUUGAACCAUCCUCCAUCUCCUCACCUGAAUCACAUCUCCAACGUAGGACAGCGUCUUAAAGGGAAAUGAGACCAUAGCCUACUUGCACACUUCCAAAACCAACUUUUGACAUUGGUUAUCGUCGUAAAUUUUGGUAUCUGUAAAUUUUCGGUUUAUCGCCCAGCCCUAGUAGAUAGCCAUCAGCAGCUGUAGGAUGGGCUUUAAAAGUGUAAUAAUCCUUAACUAUGCUUUUUUGAAACUUUAAAACUUUCUGUAAACUUCGAUGGACUGUUUUUGUUUUUUGUUUGCUAACACCCUGCAGCUGGUUCGUCUAUGAAACGUUUGUCUUUUGCAACAUCCUGGUGUCGUGCUGCAAGUAUUUCGCUGACUCUAAUGAAGUUUACCCACAGAAUAUUUCCUCACUCAAUUAUGUCUUUCCUCUCACUAUGGGAACUCGAGCCCGUUUUGUUUACUUCAUGCAAGCCUCUCUGUAUGUGUGUGUGUGUAUGUGUCUGUGUGUGUAUGUGUGUCUCCUGCCCUCUUAUUGGCUGGAUCAGUCUCAGUCUGUGGCUGUCUGUCUGCCCAGCUAAGUCCUGUGUCUUAUCCAAAGGAAGAGCUCGCAGGCACACACAAACAAAACACACAAACACACACGCACGCACACACAUAUAUAUACAGGCCGGUGCCUCUGCAGCCCCAUUGAAAUCAGGUCAUUGAGCAAAGCCUGUAUCCCAGCAUACCAGACAUUACUGCGAGACAAAAGAUCUGCAUGAAAGAGAGACUCCUUACUGAGCUCCCUCUGCCUGUGUGUACGUGUGUGUGUGUGUGUAUGUGUGUGUGUGUGUGUGUGUAUUUGUUCAAAGACAACACCACGGCACCCUGAAUAGGUUCCAGUCCUCGUCUCUCCCUCUCUUUUUCCAACUUUCUCUCAUUGAUCCAAACUCUGGAGUGGGUCUCAACUCUCCGCCUGGCAGCCAGAAAGCAUACCAAUGAAUCUAUUGCCAUUCACGUCUAUUCAAAGCCUCAGUCCUUCUUGGAAUGUCCCUCGCUCGGUUGUGUAAUGAACAAGUAUACUCCAGGGUAUUGUUUUAAUUCUCAUCAGUCAGUGGUUCAAAUACUAAAAAGCGAGCCAUGGUGCGCUGAAUUAUCUUCGCUGGUUUCCAUGAGGAAACAGAGUUGGAUAUUAAAAAGGCCUCACCAGAAUCCCCCAACGUGUGUGAGUCACUGUGGAGCUCAUAUGGACGGCUCUAAGUAAAGAUAUCACAGAAUAGCUCAUGGGAAAUCUGCCAAUCUGCUAUCCUCGGUCCAAAUGAAAGUUUGAGUUCUUUUCUAACUUUUCAGACAAACACAAAACUUUUAUAAGACAACUCACCUCACUCCUGCCUUUUUUGUCCAGGUGUCAUUUCCUUAAGCAGGAGAACUUCAGGAAGCUUGUAAGACAGUUUAAGAGUCUGUCCGACGCAAGCCAUCCCGCGAUCAAUCUGCCUUAAAAGACAGCCUCUCUUAUUAAAAAUAAAGCUUUUGCAGUUUGAAAUAGAAACUCCACUCUGCUUUGCUCUUUCCUCUUGGUAAUUAAUGUUUCAUGUCAUCAAAAAGUAAUGAUAUUUUAAAAAUAUUGGUGGAGGAUCAGAGAUUAUUUUAGGACAGCUGUUUUUCCUUGGUUUUAAAACUUUGCAGGAAACUUGAGCCGAACUAUUUCAACGCUUUGUGAAGUGAUGUUGUGAGGUGUUGGUAAGAUAGAUGCAAAGACUCAGCUCUUAAAGUGAUGUUUUAACUCUUCAUUUGGCUGUAUUAUUAUAAUGCAGUCUUGAAAUAAGCUUUAAUCAGAUUUCUUGAAUGGACCAAAAUGCAGGACUUACAUUUUCAAGCUUAAACUUUGUAAGGGGAGAGCCUCGACUCAUAUGUCUCCUGUGCUGGUGGACUAUAGUUCAUAUAACUUGGUAAAACUACCUUUUAGAGGGAUUUCCUGUACACAAAUACACAGGGCUAGGCAAUAAACCGAAAACUUAUGACAAGAACUGACGUCAUUUUGCCCAUAUUUGGUGUCAAAAAACGAAAUAAAUCAAAGUUGGUUUUGGAUGUUUGUAGGUAGGCUAUGGUCUCAUGUCCCUUUUUAGAUACCGUCCUACAUCAGAGACUUGACUCCUUCCCAUCCAGUCCGUAACAAAGAGGGAAAGACAGGUGAGGACAUGGAGGACGUUUCUAAAGUUGUAGCAGCUGGAGUAGAUGAAGUUAAUGUGGGAGGGAGUGAGCAGCUUGUGGAGUAGUUAUUGUCCAUUUAUCAUUAUCGAGGUGAACUGCUCAAUAUACCUUGAUAUUGAUUUGAGGCCAUAUCGCCCAGCCCUAGAGAUACAUCUUUCAAUCCUACUUUCCCUUUUUCCUGGGCGCCCAAUAGAGAGAUGCAGCUCAGCACUGAUGUGGUGUCUCUGUUACUGUAGCUGCGGUGUAAACACUGCGCUGACACGCUGAUGAGCUGCAGGGGAAUGCGCUCUGUUAUGACUGAUGCUGCAGAGGCAGUCUGAGCAUCUUAAGCCUCACUGCAGCCUAUUGUUACCCUCCACACAAAGAGGUGUGUGUAUGAGUGUGUGUGUGUGUGUGUGGAUGACUGUGUGAGUACCUCAUGUCUCAGAAGAGCUGCCCGGCUUUAAGCACAAGAAAGUGUGUGUACAAUAAUGGCCGUAUCAGUCAGUACCAGCCUGUUAGUACAGGUCACUAUGUAGCUCUUCUGUCCUGGUCAGCAGAGCGGACCACCCGAGAUGAAAGCGUCCACACACACAUAAAGACACAGUGAGUCAUACUGCAGUCACAGUAGAGACUUUGAGAAAGUGUCUUUCAUAUUGAAAUGAGUGCAUGAGUUCACCCAACAAUUAUUUUAUGUCUACUUUUCUCUCAUGUUAAAAUUAAGUGUUAAAAAAUCAUCCUAUGCCCCAGUCAGGAUACGAAACCUCUUCAAAAGGCAAACCCCUCCAAGACAGACUUUCAUGUCAAUACCAGCAAGUUUCUGUGUCCGUGUGUUUUGUUCACCUAACAAUAGGUACGUGUCCGUCCCCCUUCAUCUACCUGACACCCCCCUUCCGGGCUAACGUUCCCAUUGUCGGCCUGAUCAUUAGAGCACGUGCAGCUCUUGUGAAGUGAUACAGCAGCAAUCGUCCUGAUGAUACCCGUCACUCUCUGCGGGGCGAUAAUGGCAGCUUGUUUAAUGUUGACUUACUGAGUAGAAGCUCACAAAACAUACAGGAUUCGUUGUCUUUCAGAGUAAAAGCUAACUCAGUUUUGUAUUUUUGAACCAGGAAGUCAACUUUUUUUUUAGACCAGGAAAGAAAAGGGUUCAUGUUUGGUUAUAAUGAAAAUACUGAAGUACAAACCACAACAAUGCCAUCAUUCAUUUGUAAGUAAUUCGCCCUUACUUUUACAAGCCUGUUUCCCCCACUACCGCCUGAGUCUGCACACAGAGAACGAAGCACUGACAGAGAAACUCUCACUACAAUCACUUUACUUUGAGAUUGUCUAUCCACAGCUGAAUUAGCAUGAAUUAUGACAUAAUUAUAACAUGUUGUUGUAAAUCUUUGAAUAUUUUGUAGAUCUUUAUGAAACUGGUUAAACUCUGAACAGGAACCCCUCUCUGCUAAAAUAGUUUGUGUAAUGACUGAAACCACAAGCGGUCUGAUUAUAACAUAAUGAUUUACAGACACAUUAAAUGAAGAGGGGCCCAGUCGUGGACCACAGAGCAGUGCAGGAAUGUUAAAGUGGGAUGAAUAAUUGUGUUGGUUAUUCAGUGACUGCUGUGUAAAUAGCAUCAGUGGACUAGUGUUUGUUACAGAGUGGGCGGAGGGUUUCAUGGGUUUAUGUCCCGUGUUGCUUAAAGUCCCAAUCCCAAAAAAGUGUUCUCAGUGGUCUUUAAACUGUGAUUAUGACGUUUAUAGCCAAAAUCAUGUUACCUUACCUAAGAGCUUUUCUUCUGCAGAGCUCCAGUAGCUCAUCAGCAAUUCACCUCUGAGUCGUGAGCAGAGACAGCGCUGCCCUGCACACUCGUCCUCAAGCUAGCUUGCAGCCUAACAUUGCUGGUGUAAUAGAAAAAACAGGUAACGAAGGUGCUAUCCAGCUCUCGGACACUAAUGUCUUUAGGGACAUGAUGAAAGCUAAUAUCAUAACUAGCUUUCUUAUGAGCAUUUCAAUCCAGUAAGGCAGACGCUUGUUCUGUAAUUGUACUCUCUUUUUCUCCAAGCCCGGCCUGCAUAAUGGGGCUCCGGGGGCGGAGCUUGGAUUGGUUACAUAUGAAUUCUCACUGUUUCUGAUCCUGCCGUUUGGGUCUGCCAGAGAUUCACAGCGAUUUGAAUGCAGAAAUACUCAGAAAUGCAAUUUCACACCUCUUUUCUCAUGAUAUGUCCUCUAACAUCAGAAAAAUGCCAUCUGAACAUGUAGACAGCAAGAAAAACAUGAUUUACAUCGGAGAGGGUCUUUAAAAGCUUUCGUGAGGAACUGUUAGUUCUGAUGCCCUCUGAAGACAAGGUGGUCAUGCACAUACUCAAGUUGAAAUCUGCUUUCUUUGCAUGGUCAAACAAACCAUAUAGCACCUUAACAUGUCUGGUGAAGUCAAGCUACGGUUAAAGCUUGAUCAGGCGAUUUAACAGACAAAUGUUCAUUCAACAAAUUUAUUAAGAUAGAAAAAUUCCUUUGAGCUGUUCCAUCUCGUUUUUGAGGGGGUCCCUCACAAAACACAAAUACAGUCCUCUAGACAAAUAGAAAUAUCACAUGUACAAUACGAAAUACGAAACAAUAACAACACACAACAAGAACAACAAAUAACAGCCUUCGUCUCCACAAAGAAAUAGAUUAUGAAAAAAAAGAAUCAACAACACAAAUUACAUUACAAAGACAGGUAGUGACAUAGCGUAUCACAUUAUUUCAAACAUUGACAGUCAGGUUUUAAAUGUUUGAACAAGUUAUUUUUAAAUAUACAAAGUGAGGACAACAGACGAAUGUUCUCGUCCUGGUUUACAUGCACUGGACAAGAAUCAAAUUAGUGACAAAAGCAUGUCCCCCUCUGCGACAGGAAGUGAUAAUUUGCCCCAGUUUAGCUUGUUACUAUCAACAGGCAUUAGAAAUUUCAAUAUAUGUAAACAUCAAUCUUGUUGCUGGUGGUCCUCUUUGCUUUUGUAGGUUUUAAGGAGGCAUCUGUAUUGAGUUUAGUCUAAUAUAUAACUGGUUGGAAACACGCUCACAGGAGCUUUAAGGGGGAGAUUUAAAAAGUAAGUAUGGUGACAGAUUUGUCCCAGUUUUCCUGAUGGUGGUAAAAUAUGUGAAAUCACAUGUAAUUUAUGACAAAAUAAGCUUAAAAAAUGGAUCUUCAGAUCUCGAACCUGUGUUGAACAGAAGCGGUUUGCAUACAGAGCUGUUUGGGGGAGGGUCGUGGCUCCACAGAGGGAAGUUUUGUAGUGGGACACUUCUACAUUUCUCAUGCAUGCACACACACAGGAGGGGGAGGGGCAGAGAGUGAUGGGAAAAAGUGGGACCCAUCAAAAGGUUUGUGAGCUUAGAGGAGUAGAGUGGGGCCGCUCUGUGUGUCUCUGUGUGUGGAAGUGGACUCCUUGUCCUCUCCAGUGUGUGGGCUCAGUUAAUAAUGGUUCAGCCGUGGCCGGUCAGUCGCUGAUGCUGGAUUGGGGUCUCAUGCAUGUUUGAGUGCGUAAAUGUUGGCUCGGUGGAGAAAACAGGAUAUCACAUCUCCGGUACAUCCAUGUUGACUCAGCUUUUAUUUUUCUGUGUAAUUCAUUUGGUUGCAAACUUCAGGGACACGUUGACUACACUCAGUUGGAUAGUGUGACGGUUUGUCCCAGUGUUUUAUCUUGAGUAGCUACUGGAAGUACAAGCCAUUCGUAUCUUGACCCGUGUGCAAAAUGAUGCAAAUUAGGUUUCAGAUAAGAAGGAAACUCCCAAUGCUGGCAAAGUUAUUUUGGGCAGAGAUAACGCAGCCGCUUAGUUCCUGGAUUUCUAUGUUACAGCAGCAUGUUUUAACUGUAAUAAGGUGAGGGAAAAAGCAACUUUAAUGUAUCCGGCUGUAUAAAAACAACUGACAUGGUGAGAUUGUUGUAUCUUUUCCCAAAAAUCCACUUUUAGAGUAGAUACGGAUCUUUGAAUCAAGGCUAUUUGAGGCAGUAGGCGUUGGUGCAUACACAGCUAUUAAUUUCCCACACUUCGGUAAUGUCUAAAACAAACUUGCUGACGGACUGUUUUAGUCGUCUGCGAAGCUGAGGAAAAGCGUGGUUUAAAUAAGGUUAUGUGUGUUGUAUUUGAUCGCAGUUCUACCUGUAAUUACUCUUAAUGGUCGACAAAAAACUGCUUUGAUCCAAGAAAAACACAGACUUGUUUUACAAACCUCGACAUUAAGAAGAAAUGGAGUUGUUUUUGUAGACAGUGCCAGCCGCCUGCACACAGACUAAACUUUGAACAGAGAGAAGAGACCCCUGUUUGGUAGAGGGCUAAAAGUUUAAAUAAACAGAGAGAGCGCUCCAGACGAGGUAGGCCAAGGUCGAACCGGCUGGUCGGUGGCUUCGUAUGGAAUAUGCGAAGUCUGGUGGUUGCACACCUGUGAAAACUCCAGAGGGAAGAAAUCAAAAUCAGCAAAAGAAAGAGAGAUACGGCAAAUGAAAUACUUUUAGGUAAAGCCGACAUCCAGAAAAAGAAAAAGAAGCAUCAUUUCAUUUUAGUGGCUGCACUUUGCUGACUUUCCACAUGCAGUUUUAAGAAGUGGAGGUUGAGCAUCUCGAUUGUGGUUUGGUAGCUUUUGUUGUUUUGUUUUUAAUGGAAAUAAAUGUCCAAAAAAACCCUUGUGUCGCUCUCUGACCAGUUUCGUGCCGCCAUGUUGCUUCAAAGUAGGGCUGGGCGAUAUGGGAAAAGGUUUAUCACGAUAUAUUUUUUUCAUAUCAGUCAAUAUUGAUGUAUAUAACGAUAUUAAAAAAUCACUUGCCAAUCUUAAAUGUUCCCUGUUACCCUUAAAUGAAAUCUAACAGUACUUAUUGGGAGCAUGUCUUUUGCAAUAUAACAAGCCAAUACAUCUGUGAAGUCUUUGUGUCUCUUAGACGUUUUGGCGUAAGGUGUUGCGCUAGAGAAAGCGGACUAAAUGGUCGGUUCAGUGUGACGCGGACCCUGAGCAACUCCCAUUUUCAUUGGCUAUUCGUAAACAUGGCAGAACACCAACUAUAGAAAAGCAUAUUGACCACGUUUUAUAUCGAUAUCAAGGGAAAUAGAUUUUUGAUAUAUCACUAUUGUUUCAUCGCCCAGCCCUACUUCAAAGUACCCUCUUCAUGAGACAUGAGAAACAAACAUGCCCAAAAUGUCGAGAAUACAAUCAGACAGAGUGUAUGAAGAGCUGUUUAUUUAGAAAACACAGCAAAUACACUUUCUCUUUCUUUACGAUCAGAUCGUCAGUUUUAUUCUGUUUCUAAAAGUCACUUCCAUUCGAACAUUUUCCAUUUCUAAUCUGAUUAGAAGUCGUCAUGUUAACCUGCCAAGUGAAAUGCUCAACCUGCACCCGACCUAACCUUUCCAACUAUAGAGUCUCGCUCACUUGGAGCUCAAGCUCUGCUCACCAACCAGACAAACUAAAACCACCUACAAAUCUCUCUGAAGUCCUUAAUCGAAUUUGUGUCUUAUUGAUUCAGUCCACCCUUUAAUUUCUAAGAAUAAAGAUAAUCCGAGUCGUCAAAGAGAUCACUAAAGACAAAAUAAAGAGUCAUUGUGCCAUGAAAGUCUGUAAACAGAAGCUGCUGCCAUGGCGACGGUCCAACUCCUGAGAGAGUUAAGAGAAAAUGUCGGGGCUUGGUUUCUUUUUUUUGUCUGUCUUUGUCUGGUUUCUGUUUUUCAUCGCGUCUUAUUUCCUCUCAUCAAGAAUAAAAUUGCAAGCAGACAUCUAAUAUCUGCAGCGCUGAUGCUCUGUUAUACAAAAGCUUUGAUUUAUAGACUUCCUCUUUCUCAAUAGUCAAUAAUUUGAUCCAAAUGUAUUUACUGUAGUUUAUCCCUUCAACCCAGAAUACUUAAUUUAGUCCCGCUAGAGCCCAACUUUUUCAAGCGCAUAAGACGCCAUUUUUUGCGUUAAUUUCUCUGUAUUAACACCAAAACCAAUGUGCAUAUCGAAUAACUUUGGCAGUAAAAUCCAUUUCAUUUUAAAGCACAGUCUGUGUUGUGUUUCUCUCUGUCUGUGCUGUUGUGACGACUGUCUGCAGGGCCCCCGUCAGCACAUCUGGCCACUCUCACACCAUGUCCAGAGGGCUCCCGAGAACACGUGCCUAUUGUGUAUCAGUGUGUAUUUUUCGUCCACAUGUCCCGAUCGCUGGCUGGGAUUGUGCAGCAGAUGUGUCAACAUGCCAGUGCUCAGUCAUGGUAGCUGCAGGUUAAAGUUUUGACCCCUCCGCUUUUGAUCCCUGUGGAAAAGAGGAAGAGCCACCUCGGUAAUUAGCGUCAGCUCCUUUAUCCCAGUCAGACCUCACAAAGCUGAUUUAGUCCUCAGAGAGUGGAUUAGAAUAGAUCUCUUGAUUAGUGCAGAUGAUUUAGGACUAAUUCAUUGUGUACGUGCAGCUUUUUCCUCUUUUGCUCAUUCAUGUCUUGUGUGUGCUGUUCGCUGGAUUAUAAACUUGCAUGCCAGGCAUACAAUCAAAAGCCCAAAGCAUCCUUUUCCUCAUUCCAGCAGAUCUAUUUUGGUCGUGUAGAGGCACUGCGUUAGUGUGCUUUUGUGCCUGUCUUUACACAACAUCAGAGUCAUUAGGAUUGGGUUUGAGUGUGGUCUGCUAGACUCUGGUCUUUGUACCCAGAAACAGAGUGUGGCCUCGGGCUGCUCUGGCUGAGUGAAAGGGACCGCUAAGAAACAACAGGCCUACAGUCCGCCUGAAGAAGACAGCGGCUGUCAGACACGACUCAUAUCUGUUUUUAUUUCUCCUUCGUUAUGCAUAUUUUUUUUUUUUAGCGGCAUCUCCACCCUGCAAAAAAUUCUCUUUGUUGUAAAAGUGUAACCCGACAGUCUGAUCCCCUCCCAAGACUGCUAUUUUAGGCCGGUUCUUCUUCUUCUUCUUCUCUUCACAUUAUAUGACUCAAUUGUCAAGGCCAAAAGGGGGAGAAAACCACGGCAGACAGUGGGGAGUCAGCCUGACAGUAAGAAAGACAGACAGGCGGAGGGAAUGAGGGAGAGAGAGAGGGCAGGUUGAGUCCACCUCCGUUCUGUGGUCUGGCUGCUCAUGUACUUCUUGUCGCAGUUCGGUCCAGCAGAAAUCUGGGAUUUUCUCGGGAAGAAGGGAAACCCGUUCAGGCAGAAGUGUUAUGUACUGUUAAAGAAAAAACAGUCAAAGUUUUGGAGUUUUGUGAGCCAAAGACAGACACUUUGAUGGCACAUCUGGGCCACAUUCAGAGGGCAGCUGCAUGGGAAAAAGCAGCGCCUUUACAAAGUAUCUCCUCUAAAGCAAGUGAGGUGUUCAAGGCCUGGUCAGCGUUGGAAAUUUUCCUGCUUGCUGGGAACCCACGUGCGAGUAAAAAUAAAUCCCUGUCUCUGCUGGGAAAAAGUUCCUCCGCCAUAAAACUCCUUUUUAAAUUGGUGUGUGUGGGCCUCUCAAUAAAAUCUGUGUGUGGCCUUUUCUCUGCGUGUCUGCAGACAAUGCCAGCCGUACUUUAAGUGUGAUGGAGAUGCCUGGUGCCUGCCGGGAGCAGGAUGAGGCUGCAACAGCCAUAUCGGACGGGGAGUUGCCUCUCUUUGUGCCGGUGACUGUGGAGCUGCUGCGAACCAGCAUGCAUGAUGCUGUAAAUAACGUCAUGCAGGUUCUGAAAGGAACAAACAUGCAGAUCCACACCCAUGCUAAACACGCAGCUGGAUCUAAGCGUGCACACACACAGUUUCACUACAUCGAAUUUAAGCAUGUUUUUGAGUGUUGGCAUGACUAAUGUUUGGUAGAAGGUGCACACGUGAUUGUUUUCAGGCUGCACCAUCAGAUGUGUACAUUUAACCCAUCCUUCGUUGUUGAGGCGUGGGAGGGGUUUUAAUUAAACUUGUAAGGGUCUGUUGUUUGGCAAAACUUUAUUGUGUUUGUGUUUCCUAAGUCCUUGCUUUCAUUUUGGUUUACGACCUCGCUUUGAACCCCCGCCCCUACCCCCCACCCUCCCCUCACAAUGAAGUUUCCAGACAGACAUUGUGGGACAGGAGAGACUGCUCCUUCUAUCAUCCCUUUAGUCGCCCCUUUUUUUAAAACUACAAUUUCAGGCAUUUGUUUCAAAAGUUCUGCAUCUGGUUUGUAGAAAACUUGUCUUUCCAACUGAACUGCUCAAAUGUUCUCUUCCAGUGUUUUGAUGAGCAAAUUUCCUCACGGAUGCAUCUGAUUUGCAGUUCUUCAUGUUGGUUACACACAUCUGCUCUCAAUACAUCGAUGCCAUCACACUCUGAUACACUUUUGUCUACGACUGCUCUGACUCUCAAAAACUCAGUGGCUGAGCUGAAAUUGACCUCAUCCUGCAUCAAAAUAACUCGCUCUGGAAGUUGACCGCUGGAUGUGAUGGAUAGAGACAGUCCUUCUGGGACAAACAAACAACUUCCUCAGACACCACCGCUGCCGUGGCCACUCCCCAGCUGUGUGAGCUUUCAAAGAGGCAAAAACAAACUCCAAAUACUUCCGCGCCUUUUUAUCGUUCCUCUGGCUUACGGCUUGAAAGUGGAAUGAGAUCCUGUCACAUGUUUGACUUUGAGUUUCCAACUGUGUCAGGGUGUGCGUUCAUUCCUGUUUGCGGCUGGUUAUUGUGUGUUGUCAUAAUCAGAAGAGGAAGGGUUUCCUCCAUAUACUAAGACUGUUGUGAUUUUUUAAAAAUGGGAUUUACCCUUUAAGACUUUCAGUUUACAUACAUCCCCAAAUCUCCAUUCAGAACUUGUGCCUCAUUUUUGUUUUAGCCUUUUUCAUAAACAUUUGAAAUCUGUAUUUGUGUCAAACUGACAGCUGAAGGGCUCAGACUUGUUAAAAAAUGUACCCUCCAUUUGUUCAAACAUUGAAACUAAAUUGUGGAAGUUCUUUUUUAAGACCUAUUCGCUUAGUUUUGAGCCUCAAACUAAGUGGCUUGUAAGCCUAGCUAGUUUUUAUCCUCUUUGCACUUAAUUAGGGUGACCAUACAUCCUCUUUUACCCGGACAUGUCCUCUCUUUUGGGAGCUGUCCAGGCUUGUCUGGCUCUGUACAAGGAAGUUUAUAAAAUCCUUAUAAUGUCCGCGGUUUUGUAUGGAAGUUUCGGGUUGUUGUCACGUAGACUUACUGAGUUAGAAUUGCGUAAAAGACUCAAAAUUAACUUUGUGCGAAUCCGUGACUCCGCCCCUACGUAGUUGUGUCCUCUUUAUGGGAAAUCAGAGAAAGGUCACCUUAAAAAUUCAUUAAACGGAGACGGUUUUUCCUAGUCGCAGUACUAUAUGUUCAUUUAAAACACUUUAUUGAUGACAUGGACUUUCCGUAUGAGUAUUGUGGUUCACUACAUUAUGCACUUGUAGCUAGGCCUACAACAUUAAUCGCUUCAAACUAAAAAACUUUCAAAAGUAUUACCUCCCAAGUCUAAAAGUUUUCUUCAUGGCUGGCUGUGACAGACCCAGAAUGGUUCUGCUCUUAUCGGGAUAAACUGUGUGUUUUGGCCAAAAGUGAAUGUUUAUCCCUGGCUGAACACACUUGGCAAGAGAAAGUGUAACCGUUUACUAAACGACUGAUGAACUGGUGUGCACAAGUUAAACCACAAGUUCUUUUUGUGUGAGUGUGUGCAUAUAAUAAAGUUUAUCCACUUUAUCAUUCAUAAUCCUCCAAAGAAGAAUAUCUCAAUGCUGCAAAACUGGUUCAGGUUACUCUAUUUGUACCCGCAGGUUGAUUUGUUUUGCAAUAAAAGAUGUAUUGCAAAACAAAUUAUAUAAGUAUACAUAAUAAUAUCUAAUUAAUUGAAAUGCUUGUAAAGAGGUGAGUGCAGGAUCGGGGUAUUUUCUCACUGCACUUUGGCUCAGAUUCACUAUGUUGAAAAAUUGACAGAAAUGUCGAACGAAUGAGAAUUAGUGAUAAACAAUACUCAUUAAAGAAACCUGAAUAACCUUAGCCAUGUCUUUCUCAGUCGGCCCCCAUAUGCAUUUUCUAUUGGUUAGUGAAAUGGGCUGGAAAUUAUUUAGUUAUUAAGGCUCUGUUAAGUCCACCUGUAGCAGGUGAGCAAAAACUCUCUUUGCAAACUGUAACACAUUGACUCAGAUCAUCAUUAGAGCUGAAUAACUUGCUUAUUACGUAUUCAUCUUGGUUUUAAAAGUGACUAUUGCCUCCUUCAGCUUAAUUUUGCUGCUGUCCAACAUUGCGCUGUCUUUUCCAGGCAUUAUGCAGCUGUUAUUAUCUCCUUAAAUAAUAAUUUUAAUAAACAAUAAACUGAUUCAGUAUUUCUCUAAGUAUGUAAUUUGCACUAUUGCAAGGAGUCAUGAAGAAGUGACGCAGUGAGUCAGAUUAGCAGAGUAUUGCAUGAAGUGCUGUUUUCAGUAUUACAUGCAUGAUUGGCCACAAGGUAUUGAUAGUUGUAUCCCACAGGUUGGGUUAGUGAUAUAUCGCCAUAUUGGUCAUUUGUACCUCCCCUUACUCAUUAAAGAAAGUUUGAAAUGAAAAACACUUCUGUUACAGACACUUGGCUUACUUUGUUAAAGCGGUUUACCUGUCCAGCAGAAAGGUUACACGGUCUGUAAGAUCCCGAAGCGUCCCCCAUCGUUUAUGCCAAGUUGACCUGUCUUUUUAGCUCUUGCCCAGCUUUUUAAGCGCCCGUUGUUCCGCCAGAGUCUCUGGUAUUUACUUCACUUUCUUGCUGAUGUUGGCAGUCAUGGUCAAAGGAGGAUUCAGACAAUUUUCCGUACUUUCUGGUUGGUUUCUACUGUCCGAUAUUGUAGCACGCUAACUUUGUUUGGGCUUGUGAAUGACUCAGGGGAGCAGCGUCUGCCUCACAACCAAUCAGGUUGGGGGAGGCAGAAAAUGGCUUUGUUUACAGUCAGAAAGAGCGGGACACUCAAAAAAUGUAAAAUGUUGAUGACACAGACAUAACAAAACAGCGAUAUCGUUAUAUUACCAAUUGUCAUCAAUAACUAAAAGCUACUGACUGAUAUCAAAAGCUUUUUUGUAUAUACACCUAGGCCUGUCACGAUAACAAAUUUUGCUGGACGAUAAUUGUGCUACAAAUUAUUGCCGAUAAACGAUAUUAUUGACACCGUUUUUUAAAUUAUAGAUAAUGAUAUUAAAUGGCAUAAUAAUGCGACUACACCGUGUCAAAAGUGAUAAACUUUAAUUUCACCCACGACGAAGACGUAACGUUGACGAGCUAAACAUAUGUCGGAGAUGACUAAAAUGUGACGAGACGAAAGUGCGUUUACGUUGAUGGGACGAGAUGAAAAUGACGAACAGAGUUGCAAAACUCAGUCAGUUAAACGCUAAACAUAUAGGAGCAGCUUCAGUCCGCUCUGACAGCUCUCAUCAGCCUGCUGUGCUCCUCCAACACAGACACACACACGUGCGCGCGCACACACGUGGAGUUUUGUGGUUGACGAAAACAAAACUAGUUUAAAGCCGAAAUAUUCCCACACUUGGGCUGUUGCGUUCGGUUUAGACACCAAAGCUGUCGUGUUCAUUCUGUUAGCUUGCUUUUCACUCACGACGCUCACUUGCAGCACUGUAUCCAAAAGUCCGUGUCUGUGUGCCUGUGCGCGCCAGCCCCCUCGUGACAAAGACAAUGAAUGACUGACAGGAGGUUUCACUAACUCCGUUCAUUCAGCUAUAGAGCCAACGCCCCCAGGUGCCGAGAAAAAUGCGCAGAGUGAGACCUCUUCUCUCAACCAGCGUGUUUGGUAGCGAGAGAGGAGGAAAACAAACGCACGUCAAUUAUCGAGGCUGGCAAAAUGACCAACCUCGUUUUUAUUUAUCGAGCGAUAAGGCGAUUUAUUGAUUAUCGCGACAGGCCUAUAUACACCACAAAAAAAUAUGCUUCUUUAACAGAUUCCUGCCUAACCCCACCUUUAGAUUGAGUAUGGUUUCUGAAUUACAUCAAGAUUUAAUUUACCAAUAUAAGAGUGGACUUUCUCAGACAGGCCAGAGACGAGUCUGAGAGUAGCAGAAUAAGAUCAUGCAGUGGAAAAUUCCCAGGCCCAGUUUAGAUCGGAGCCGUGAGUGAAGUGAGGAAAGAGGGUGAAGAUUUGGGGUUAGGCAGAGUGGGGGAAUAUGCAUGCUGGGUGGAUGUUAGUGGGUUUUUGAGGGAGGAGUUGCUGGUUUGUACAGAGACAGCUCGCUGCGAGUCUGCUUACUGCAGUUCCUCUUUAAUUACAGCUCUACUGUGGGACAAGGCCAGGCAUGCUAUGUGUGUAAGGCUGCAAAACUAGCACAGAUUCACACAUACAGAUGAAAUGAGCACAAAUACAAACCUGUCCUGUGGCCAAAUUCGGCUUUAGAUAACAUCUUCAAAUCCUUCGACUGGGAAACAGUUUAGAGUCUUUCAGCAGCUUUUGAGACUCUGUAUUGGUUUUCAGUGGAUGUCUUAUCUUAAUAAUAGUGAAAAACGCCUAAUACACAGGUCAUCAUUGCUCGAUAAACUGGAAAUGGACUGAAAUACAACAUUUGGCUUUUUGGCCCAAGCGAGUUGACAAGUGCAUGGUAGCUAGCACACCAUGUGCCUCUGCAACAGCUUAUUUUGGGAGUCCAUAAUUACAAAGGAGGGACUGACUGUGCUUCACAACAGCUCAGCCGCAGUAUACACACUCCCCACUGGCAGGGUUUGCUACAGAUACACCCAGCUCAAUGCAGCUUGGCUAUACCAAACAAGUGCAUGCUAACUGCUAAUGCUAGUCUGAAGUUUGGCAAGUAGAAAUUGUUUAUCUGCCCCAAACUUUGUGGCGAAAGUGAGAUUCAGAAAUCUUUUUUUCUGUUUGUUGAGCUCGCAGCAUUUGAUGCUCAUGGUAAAAAGGUGUGCUCAACUUUGCAGCAUGUGUUAUCAUCUUUCUUUGCCUCAUUUUUAUGACCCUGUUCAGAGGUUUACAGGGGUAAAAUCCAUCCAGAACUGGUUCUUCUCAGCGUUGAAGAGCUGUGUAACAAGUGCACUAUAUGAGGAAUGCACAAACUGAAAGUGUGCAAACUCACUAAUGUGAUAAUAUGCAACAUAUACACACUGGAGAGUGAUGAUGUGUUUGCCAUGAAGAAGGCAUGUUAAUGUCUCACUGAGAUAACCCGAUACGGUCUCAGAGAGGGAGUUCACUGUUUUCUCAGGGUUGUUUACUCUCCUGAUAUUACCAUGGGACCAGACCACAGUCUGAAAAUAAGGCGUCAUUUAGUUCCUGUUUAUUUUGAUCCCUUUUACUUGUAAUCAUCACGUACGUAACACUUUACUUGACGCCUCUCUCUAUAACGCAUUAUAAACAUAUUUAUAAUGCGUUAUAAUCGCGUGAUAGCACUGUAUAACUGUAGUUAUAAACACUCAUAAAUGAUCAUAAUGCUUUAUAGCAAGAAUCAUAACACAUUAUAAAGUAUUUUAUCAUGACUUACAUUAUAAUACCUGACCUUGUAAGUCAUGAUAAAUGCUUUAUAAUGUGUUAUGAUUAUUGCUAUAAAGCAUUAUGAUCAUUUAUGAGUGUUUAUAACUAUAGUUUUACAAUGCUGUAACGUGAUUAUAAUGCAUUAUAAAUAUGUUUAUAAUGAGUUAUAGAGAUAGGCGUCAAGUAAAUUGUUACCGUUUGUUUUAAUAUUUCACCUUUUUUCUGAAAUACGCCUUUUCUACUUUUUUUAACAACUUGCAACAGGAUCAACCUCGAGCAAUAAAAGGAACAACUACAAAGCUGAAGACGGUCAUAUAUAGGUCAUGAGGCUAAGACAAUGAGACAAGCUGUCAUGCCCCUCAACACUCCGACAAUUGUUGAGCCUAAACUUACUCAGGAGUGAUUUGAUUGGUUAGAACGCUGCCAGAGGUGCUUAUGAUUGGCUGUCUCAAAUCAGCAGAGCUGGCUGUGAGCUUGACAGAAGCUGUGUCAAACUUCAAAGUCAACCCCAAAGAGGAUUACAAGCAUGCAUGUGAUUUCUAGUUUACGCAUGGUGUGAUAGAUUACUUUUUAAAGCGUGCGUACAUGGAUAAUUUGGGUUCUUUGUCUUGAAAAGAAGCCUCUUUUGCGUAUCUCACAGUCACAUUUCAUAAAACCGUUGACUGUUUUUCAUUGAGACUGUUUUGGAUGACUGCAGGAUGAUUGUACCCAACGUAAAAACAUCACACUUGCUCUUUGUCUUGCUUUCACGUGAGACAUACAACUUAACAGAAGAGCUAUAAGAUGCUGCCCCUUCUUCCACCCAACUACCCGCCCACUCACCCACGCUCUCCCCUCCUUUGCAGUCAUGUGGGCCAUGAGUUGGUGGUCGAAUCAGGCCAACUCAGCACUUCAGGAUGGGAGAGGAAGGAAAGGAAUGGAGGAGGGGAGGAAUGAGCCCUGACUCCUACCCUAACAUGAAUUGUGUCCUAGAGACUCACUGAAACAAUGAGUACUGACAGCUCAUGUGGAAACACUCCCACUGACAGUUUUGACAUAGUGUGUGUGUGUGUGAGUGCAUGUGUGUGUGUGUUUGUGCGGGAGAGAGGAGAGGGGAGUGAUUUGGCUGAAGAGACAAGAUGAAGUAAAGUACAAAUGGAGUCAUUGGAGCAAAGCAGGAGCAGGAAGAGGUGAGGAUGUGUGUCACCACACACAGGAAGUGUUGUGUUAUGCUGUGUGGUUGUGUAAGGGAGGGUGUUGGUGUUUUCAGGUGCAGGGAAGGAUGGGACUCAGGCCUGUCCAAGCUUGUAGAGCAUUAACCAAGUCACAAAAAGAGAAGCGAGGGGGCACACCUGGAGGCCAGGAAGGGGCUUUUCACUGACCCCUUGUGCAUGACUGAGUAGGGGGUCAAUGAGGGAGCUCAGGUUUAGAGGAGGGUACACAAACCAGUGCUGGACUGAAGGACUAAGAAUGGUCAUGUCCAAACAGCUAAAAUAAAAAUGGGCAAGAGGCCGAUGCACAGCCAAAAAUAUCGUGUUUUUUUAUGAGAAAUCAUGCACACUUGACUGCCCAAGCUUUUAAAUAGACGUGCCAGAGUGUAGCUGCACUCUUGGCUGCUUGUCUAAGGAUAAAAAAGACUCUAUUCAACCUUUUCUCUGGCCACUUCUGAGCUGAGUUGUAUUUGGAUGGAUUGUUUUUCCUGCCCUCAGUGUGAAUGAGAUGAAUGUCUCCAGAGGCAGCUUCAAAACAAAGAAUCAUUUUUCCUGUGGGUUGCUGGAAAACCUUCCCAGCAAGACACCCUCUGCGAAAUGGACAAUCUUGAUCUCACAUUUCGGCUAUUUACAACAUCUGAAACCAAAUGUGGCCCCUGUUUAUAAAAGGAAAUUGGUCCAUUUUCAUAUCUGCAUGUGUGCCGACUUGCCCGGCCAUUGGAUCUCCUCACCUGUCUGCCCAAAAGCCACAUACUUCAGCACUUUUUGUGUGCUCUGUUGUUUUAGUGUGUGUGUGUGGCGGUGAAUGAGGGCAGAGAUCCAGUAAUCCUCCUCGUCUGCUUGUUGUCUGCCACCUGCAGCUGAUAAAAGAUUAGAAAGUGACUUCAGUUCAGUGUGGCAGCAAAAGGUUAAGAAGGAUGAAGGUUACAAAACAGGCCUUGCAGAGAUCAUUUCAGGUUUUGAGAUACUUAUAAACAGAUCUUGACCUGUAAAUGACCCAGGACCAAACUGUGAGAAGUGUAAUCCGCUCAAACUAGCCAACAUCCUUCAAAAGUUUUAAUGCUUUUUAUCAGAUCAAAGCACAUAAUUUUAUAUUGAUAAUAACUUUAUUUAUAGCCCUUUUCAAAACAGAUACAAAUAGUUUAAUAUUGCUGGGUCUCACUUGAAAUGUCAUGCUGCUCCAGCUGCUAUAAAAAGUUUUUGACCUUUUCAAGCGUCUUAAAACUUGUUCCCAUUUGUUGCCUGGACUUUUUUCCUCUUUUUGCAGCGCAUGUUCUGCAAAUUGUAAUUGCAGUAUUCUCCUUUGAGACAGAAAAAUAUACACAUGAUGCCAUUUUUCAUCUCCAGUCAGCAUGUUCCUUGUUCUUCCUCUCUGCAUGUACAGCUGGAUCUCCUUCAGCCACCUGGUGUAUCAGAAUGAGUAGACUUUGCACCCAAACGAAAGCAGCUAUUUUUUUUUUUUGCUUUUGUUUUUGCAGUAGAACAAAAAGAAAUUAUAUAUAUAUAUAUGCAUCCCUAGUAUCAGUGCUUGUUGUUUUAGUUUAUCACUUAUGUAUAAAUCAAUGAACUAAUAAGGGAUGUGUACAUUUUGUUUGCUGGGUUUAGUUUAGUUUUCGGAUGUUCGUCUCUUGAGAGCAUCUCCAGAACAAAUGUUGAAGUGUCCAAAUAUACAAACCAAAUCUUAGUGUUUAAGUUCAAUGAAGUGUUUUUAAUCUUACCCUCUUUAACAAAACAACCACUUUCAAAGCUUUUUAUGGUAGUCAAAUAAACCUGUUCCCAACAGUUUUAAUUACAUGAAUCAUUUAGCGUAAGUAUCUUCAUUUUAUUUACAGCGAAACUGUCUGAACAAGUUAUUACGAUUGAGCCGUAUUCCCCUCUGUUUACACCAGAAUUAAUAUUCACACAGGACUCAUAAACAGAGAUCUCUUCAUUAAGCAACGUGGAGCUAAUCCAAUAAGGAGCAUUUGUUUUUCCAGCCUGAGGCUCAUUAAACAUGAAUUUAUAGUAGAAAGAGAUAAACGCUGCCAAGUUAGUGUUUUUGAGAGUGAAAGGAAAUGAUUUUGUAGUUAUUAAGAUGUUGCCGUUGUGUCUCUUUAUAAGGAGGUAAAUAUAGAAAGACAGGAUGGUUAUCAUAAAAGUACAGUACAUCUGUCGUUUCCUGAUAAUUAAUGUAUUCCUCCCUGUACACAGGCAUGCAAACACACAUACACCUAAAGACUAAAGUUGACUCUCAUAAGCAGAAGGCCAGACAGGUGGCAAGGAUGCAAGUCCAAGUCUGCUGCUGCUGUGACUGGUGUCUCUACGGCUCUACCAGAUUUGGUUCUAUAUGAUACCUUCUUUGCCAAACAGCCUUUUAUUCAUUUAUCGUUUAUUACAUGGUUUAAUUUUGGCAUUCAACUCUUGAUUGCCCUCAUUAAAAUAAAGAAUUUUUGCAUCUUAUUCAUCCAACUAUAGAAAGAUUUCCAUUCGACGUAUUGACUGUAUAUCUUUACGUAACCGUGAAGGCAGCACUGGUACCUGUGGACCAGAUGGCAGCAGACUCUGUGCAGCUUAUAUCAACACCAUGUGUUUUCUUGCUUAGGAACAUGCAUAUGAUCAACAGAGAGGCAGCUGCAUUAAAGCAGAAGCAGAAGUUAGUUAUAUGCAAAAGAGAAAAAAAGGGAGAAUUAAAGGUUAGUGAACCUCAAAAAGCACUUUUUUCUGAGACGGAGAGGGAGGAACUCCAGAUGAAGUGGAGCUUUUUUCCUUUUGAAAAGGUUGUAGGAAUGUAGGACCUGUCGACUCCUUCGCUCUCCUCCACCUCCCUCUUUGAUGUUCACCCCCUCCCCUCUUCUGCUAAACAUCACACACACACACUAACACAGGUUAAUCUCCUUAUGUAAGCACACACACUCUUCCGCUCCCCUCUCUUUAAAUACCUUUCCCUUUGUCUUAACCCCUCUUCUCCCUCUGAGCCGACUGUGUAUCUCUUAUUAAAGUUGCAGUUCAUGUGGCAUGUUGAUUGUGCGUCUGGUUAAUGGGGGUGGGUGAUACCUGCAGUGAAUGUUAAACCUGUGACUCCCUCUCAGCCCCACCCAACCAUACAGGCCCAGCAAGCCAGAGUGGAGCAGACGAGGCAGCUUGGUUUAACUUGUCCCAGAUGUGCAGCGCGGCCCCUGUGUGCGCUGCUGUAGCUGCUGCUGCUGCUGAAAUAAGCGCAGGGAGGGGAGGAAUGGUGGGGCUGAGUGCAAAGUGCUGCCCAGCAUUAAGAUGCAUGCAGACAUUUGUGUAUUUUCCUCAUAGUCACUUGAAGACUGGUUUAACCAGAGUCUCACCCGGCUCUUCUUGGACAGUUUUAAACUCAAGAGCGAAUAUUGACACAUAGAGUCUGUCUUUUCUAUCAUCUCUUUUGGAACAAGCUGGUUAAAGUACUUGACAUGAAUCAUAAUGGUUUUCAUAAUGGUGUAUGAUAUAGUUAGUUCAUCAGUUUGGAGAAAACGACUUGUUACAGCAGUGCAGCAGUGUUGAAUAUAGAAUAAGGAGGAAUAAGGUUGCUCAGUUUGACCUGCAUGUGCUUUGUGUUGUGCGUACUGGCUCGUAUGUUGAUGUUGAAGCUUCAGAAUCUCUACUGAAGUCAAAGCAGAAAUACAUCAGCACAAAUGCACUCUGUUACCAGUAAGUUAUGUUCUCUCAAAUUAAAUUAUCCUGUUAAAUUGAAUUGGAUAAUUUGAUUUAACAAAACCCAAUUAAAAUUAAAGAGAAACUAAAGAGAAAAAGCGCUUACAACAUAAGUGCUGCAUUUUUUUGAAUCAUUGAUGCUUUAACUUGUAAAGAAAAAAAUACACAUUAUGCAUACAGUCAAUUUUUAGGUGUCAUAUAAUACAAUAUAUGAGAUAUGUGAUCCAUGCAAACAGCAGAUUUCAAUGCAGAAGCACAGGAAACCUUGAACACUGAUGCUGCGUUCGAGUUACUUUUGCUUUUGCUUUUUUCUGACUUGGUAACUGAAACGCUGGUAACUCGAGUGUGACGUCAUUUUCAGCUCGUACUUCUGACUUCCAAGGUAACUCGAAUGCAGCAUGAGUCCCAAAAAAGCAGAUUUUAGAGCUUUAAAAAAAACAUGUUUGCAGCUUGGCUCAAAACCGGUUUUGGUCUGAGUAGCUUGAGGCUCCCACAUCACCUACUGUUUGGGGAGUUGUUUUUUCUUCCUUUUUGGAGUGCAUUCAUUUGAAAGAUAUUAGGGUUACACGAUCGGCCAAUCAGAGACACAACUGACUUGACCUGCAGGCAGGCACACUGCAGCUGUUGGAGAAGUGAGGAGCGCUCAGAAUUAAUGGUUCUGGAAGUUUUCAGGGCCAAAAGCAGAAUUAAAGGACUCAGGCCUGAACAAUGGAUUCAUAUUUUAGUCCUCAACAGGGAACUUACCAACUUUUGUAUGUAAAUAUGUCGACAUUUAUAUUUAAACUUCUAAAUAUGGAGCACCGCUUGCCCAGCAGUCUGUGCACAGUCUCAUAUACUGAGGUUAUGAUCCUCAUGUGGGCGGCCCGGGUACAAUUCCAGCCUGUGGCCUCUUUCCUACAUGUCACUACCUGCUCUUACUCCCUAUUUCUCACUCUAUCCACUAUCCUAAUGUUGCCAAUUUUACAUCACACAAGUUUAAAUGAUAGUGUACCCCCACUCCAACCUCUAAUCUUGAGCAAAGUGAUGGAAAAUAUCAGUGUCUUGUACUUACUUCAAAACAAAGGCAGACUUUGUAAAGUAAAGGAACAGCGAACAUCGACUGUUACUGUCUAUCAUAUCCUGUAAGUUCUGUCUUUGUAUGCACCAAACCAAGCAUGCACAGGAUCAGAGACUCUUUCACUAAGUGUUAAUCCAAACCCUCUGCGCAGCUGUUGAUUAUAAGCAGGUCGGUUUAUCAAGCAAUUCCAAAUUUCCACCCAGGCCCUGCCUUAACCACCUCUGCAAGAAUGUGAAAUAUGUUAGCAUGUUUAAAAAAAAAAAAGAAAGAAAGGGGAAAUGUUCGUCUUUAUUCAGCCUGGAUUCUUUUUUUUCCAUGUUAGUGUUAGCUAAAUGUCUUGGCAGCAAUCGGCCCCUAAACACACAGAUAGACUUUCCGGCUGUCUCUGCUGGGACUAAGAAGAGACGUCCAAGAAAACUGAUUGUUUUGGUUCAUUCCUUACAUUUAUGUGUGUACGUCUUUUUUUUGGAAAGGCUCCACAUGCACUUUUUUUUACGCUUACUAAUGUAAAAGUUGUCCUGGAGGCUCACACGUCGGGGGAGAGUUGCCCGUUUUGCCUGUUUUUAGUGUUUGUGCAGCUUAUUUACAUGGGAGAGGAAUGUAGAAAUUUGUUAUUCAACUGCUUUUCUGUUCUUGGAUGUGUGUGUGUAACCACUAAAGACACGAAAACCAACUUUCUAGAAACCACGCUAUGAGGAGAAAGCAACACAAAACCCCUCUGCAUUCCAUUAAAUUGUGUCUUUUCUAAUGCAAACCGGCCAUAAAAUGCAAAUGUGGCGAAAGGGGAAAUGUGUCAAUGGACAUCCACGCUUACUGUACUGUUUCGUACAAAGAGCUGUCUGGUUUCAUCCUGCAUGGUUGUACUCUGUCAUGUGCUGUUUCAUCUCGUUCUACUUUCUGCCAUAUUCCUGUUCGCCCAGAAAGUGGGGGGGGCGUCCAGCUGUGUGAACGUGUGUGUGUGUGUCUGUGGGGCCCAGAAAUGGAGCCCACUGCCACAGCAUCCAGUGACCUAAUGCAAAAGGCAGCAGAGUCUAGGACUAUUCACCAUUCAGUGUGUGUUUGUGCACGCUCAUGUGUGUAUAUGUGUCUCGUCCCUCACUCUCUCCAGUGAUUAUGGUCUCUGCUGUCACUAAGCACUUUGUCACGCUCGGCUGAAAACCAUGAUGGGGGCUGGGGGGUUGUUGGGGUGCAGGAAUGUCACUAACAUGGAUGGACUGUAGCUGCCAGUUGACAGAGGAGCAGGCCAGAGGUCACAGGCUGUAGUUUUAGCACACAGGAGCAAACUGAUGAAUAUAAAUCCUCAAUAUUCUCUGAAAAAAAAACUGUUUUCAUAUAAACCCCACCUGCAGUUACAAUUGAAUGCAUACUCUAAAAUGUGAAUAUCUAAAUCUAACAUAAAGUUGUUUUUAUAGCCGGGGGUCUUGACAGCAGUUGGCUUCUGAGUGAAAGGAAUGCAUGUUUGUGAGUUUCUGAGCCGGGCUGGUUCGUUUGUGGGUCAUGUAACUGUGUAAAAAUACCUGUAUCAUUACCAGGGGUCACAUUGCAAAAGGGCCACCUCUAAAACUGUUAGCAUGGUGUGGACGUUGUCACUUUCACUUAAAGUCUUACUCGUACAUGUUAACAAGACUUUUAAAUUAUGCACAAUCAAGACGCCACCUUUUUAAAACUCGUAAAAUCCUUGAAAGUCUUAGCUGAGGUUUCCCGACAGAUAGAUACAGUAUGUUCCUGCAAAUACUCUCCACCAAGCAUGAACAUUUCGACAUCAUGCAUGCAGAAAAUGUGAAUAAGCACUUUCUAAUGCCGUGAAAAAUGAUCAUGACUCUCUGCUCUUUUCCAGCACUCCCUGUUGUGUUUUUUUUUUGUGAUGUUUUCUUUGCCAACAUAGGUAAACCAAAGGUGCUCAGAAUAGCAUGCCAACUUUCGGAAAGCCCUGUGUGAAAUAUCACACAUCAAGGCGGCCCCCUAACACCUCUUCAAACACCGCAGGUCUGGACUAGAGCUCAGUGAUUAUGCUGCAGCUGAAAGAAACCAAAACCAAACCAAAAAUGGGGUUUUCUGUCCGUUCCUGUAGAGGCAGAAUCAAUUUUGUGUGUGCUUGUGUGUGAUACAUAUUUAACACCCAAGCUUCCAGAGUGACAAACAUGAUAAAUGAUCACACAGAUUCCUGGAGUCAUCCGUGUUCCGCUCAGAAGUAAAAUAACCGAAGCAUCAGAGGGGAUUUGAAGCACUCAGUCCAAACAGAUCUGUGUCUUUGAUUUGGUUCAUUUCCAUCAUCUCUUCAGCUUCUGUUUACAGUCGAGUCAAGUCAGCGGUGAAUGUAAGAAGACCUGCCAGGAACAAGUGUGCAGAGGGGCCCUAAUGGCUGAUCAUAAAACUCUUUAGAUUCCUGUCUUUUAUGGGAGAUGGGAGAAAAGCAGUAGGACUUUAAAGAGCCUCCACCUCACAGCUUUGGUUAAAUAGACGUCGGCUUCACUGGAACAAAGACUGUUUUUCCUCUGCUUUCCUUUGCUUUGUAAGCACAAGAACAGCAUGAGGUGUUAGCUGGCUUUUUAAUUGGUCUGUUUUUUUCCCCUCCUUGUUGCAGCAGUAUGAGACAAAACGCUAAUAUAACAGGGUUCCUUUUAGUUCGAUUUACCACGGUGUUUCUGCAAAAAGGAUUAAGUUAUGCAAUACACAGCUGGCAUAUUGUUAAACAGUAUCAUAGCUACUGAAAUGGCAAAAUUACUGACGUUCAGUUCAAAGCAGCCCACCGUGCCUGUCCUGAGAAGUUUCGCAGCCUCGUCAGAGAUAGCUCCAACUGCAUUCAACACCGCAUUCCUCAUGUGUCAUGCACACACAUGCAGACUCAUGCACACAGCCAGGAGUCACUCAGGAGCCACCUUUCCACCCCUGACCCUUUCCACCCCGAGCGUGUGUGUGUGGGGGGUGUUUUCGAGCAUCAUGAGGUUUAUGGCUCCGGUAUUCUACAAAUAAAACACUAUUUUUGUUUCACUUUUAACUAAUAUUGCAACACUGAAUUUAAGACUACGGUGUAAGAAGGCAUGGCAUUGUGAAAUCGGGUGCCAAAUUGUGAGGCUCUUUCUGUAAGCUGUAAAGUUUUUCCAUCGCUGUUGGCAUUUAUCUUCCACACUGGCUGCAGUUGCAGUUAGAUUCCCUGACCUUAAGUCUUGAACAAACUAAAGUUGAGGGUAAAUGCAAACAGCUGGUGCGUGCAUGGAUCCUUCAGUGUGUUUUCAGCUUAUGUGUCUCUUAAACUGUCCUUCCAUAUUCCACGCUGUGAUCUGUAAUUUACAUUAGACGGUGGAUAGACUUGUGGAAAUAUUGAGCCGCUGCUAAUUGAAGCACAAAGCUUCCCUAACAGGCUUUGAUCUGAGUUGCCUUUUAGCCCGAAAUGCCUGGCAGCGACCCGACAGUCUUUGAUUACCGGGGUUCACGUCAGCUUACCCAUGAUGCUUCAGUGCAGCAGGGAUUAGGUUUGUCAGGAGUUGUUACCAUAACCUUUGUGUGAUCAGCCGGAACGUGCUCACGUCGUUUAGCUUUGUGUUUCCAUCUCUGAUUGUGUGUAUAAGUGUGUGUGUGUCGGACUGGGUAAGAGCUAGAAAGCUGUGACACCUGAUAGCUCAUAAUUACCGAGCCUCUUUGAAGUUAUCAGUGACUUUUCGUGAGAUUUGAGCAGAUUAUGGAGAAAAAAACUGUAAUUCAAAGAACAGAGUCCUGCAAUUCCUGGACCAGUACUGCAGACUCACAUUUAUUGUAUCAUGAAGUGUGUCCACUGGGUAGCAGAGAACUAAAUGUCCAACUUUGCAAUGGAAAAAAAAAAAAACUCUCUUCAGUCUAAUAAGUGCGCUGGUCCUGAAUAUUAAACCCCCGAUAUGCAGUCAGACGCAGACAGUUUUCCUGCUGCUCUGACUGGACAUUUUGAUUUGUUUAGCAUCUCCACUGCAAUCACACAGUGUCCCUGACGCAACUUCAUAUGUGCUGGAAACAUGAAUGCCUAACUUUAGUCUUUCUCGAUUAGUUUGGCUAAAAUUUGUGACUUCUGAUUGCUUCUUUUGUUGAGUUUUAAGCCCCAACCAAACAGAUGGCAUGGCAUUGUCAUCUAAUCGAGUAUUCUUCCAGCUUAAGUUCACUUAAAGGUUUUAUGUAGUAUUCCUGUUUACAUGUGGAAUUAACUUCUACAAUCGGACCUAUUUAUGGGACCCAUUCUGAUUACUGUGUCUUGGAGCAAUAGCCGACUUUGCAAACAAUCAGGUGUAGCCAGAGGUGUGUUAUAAAGGACGAAGACUCCUUUCCCUACAUGGGUCAAGGGUGGACAGAUAAUUGGCUUUGGCUGAUAGAAGCACACAGUUGUAUGCAGUUGCAUCACAAACAGCGGUGUGACAUAACAAGUAAACUGUUUAACGCCUGUUUAGGUUUUUAAUAGUUCUGAUUUCAUAAUGAUAGAAAAAUGAUGUGCAUGUAAUCUAACUAUGUAAUACCAGUGUUUACAGCAGCAUAUUUGGGAGGUACAAGUUUAAAGGGAUAUUCCGGCAUAAAAUUAACACACACUGUAACACAGAGUUAGACACCCAAGAGAUGAAUGUUGCCAACCGCUUGCUGUAUGGAGACCUCCGGGCGAGUCCAUCGACUGCAGCGGGGGAAGCAGCUCAAGGAAGAACAUUUAUGAUCAUUUCCUUUGAAGUAAUAAUCAUCAUAUUAAUCAUUUUGCUCUGCAGACGCGGUAGUUCUUCUGCCUUAGUGUCUCAGUCUGAUUACAUUUCCAUGAAGAAAUUAUCAUAAAUGUUCUUCCUUGAGCUGCGUCCCCCCGCUGCAGUUGAUGGACUUGCCCAGGGGUCUCUGUACAAACAAGCGCUGCUGGAAGAGAGUAGGUGAGUUGUGUUUAGCUUCAUUUGAUUUCUUGCUUACAACCAAACUGAUAAAUUAUUAGAUGUCGUGGCUUGUAUCACAAAUAGAUCCAAUACCAAAAUAUGGUCCACACCUACAGAUUCUGUAUUUCUAUCUGAAAUCUGCCCAGAUUAAGCCCCUGCUCAUCUCAACUUUCCCCUUCCCUCUCCAGAUCAAACACACCCCACGCCUCCUGCAUUUGGAGAUCUCUUAAAACAAAUUACACCAGCGUGGGCUUCCUUAUGGGAUUUGUAGUUCAGCUGUGAGACAUCUGCCCCGGUGAUGUGGUAAAGCGUCGGUUUCAGACUAAGGCGAGGGUGUGGAUGGCGGAGGGUGUUGUGUCGUAGACCUGUAAUGAGGCUCUGCAGUGAUCCCCUCAAACAUGGUUCCCAUCAGAGGAGACUUGCACUUGUGGCAGAAAUUCCAGCCCUGUAGCAAAUGCCUUGUCUGGAUUCAAUCAAGUUGGCUCCUGACGCUGCAUGCACAGAAAACCGAGAAUACUAUGCGCUUUAAAGUGUGAUGAUAUGCAGAGGCUUUGCUGUAAAUGUCGAAUUGAAAAAGUCUGAAUUUUAAAGCAGUGGAAGUUGAUAAGAAGCAUUUUUCAGGCUAUUUCUUCAUCUGGUGUAAUGUGUUUUUGGCAGAGAAGUCUAGUCUGAGUUUGUAAACACUUAACAGAAUUAUUUCAUGCUGCGCCAAGAGACGUCAAUCUACAUUUUCACAAAUACAAUUAUCUUUUGUUUGGUCUUUAUCACUGCUGACACCCAAAACCGCUUCUUUCACCUGACAAUGAGGAUGAUCACAACCCACUAGACCCUUCAGUCCUGUAGUAAAACAUGCUGCAUAGUCAGGGUGCUUCUCAGGAGGAGCUGGAAGGAGAAAACAUACAUUAAUGUUGAAUCAGCAUUGCAUAAGGAGUCACAUGGCAGACGUCCACACUCCGCGCUCCUCUCCGAGACACCGUGUUUGUUUCAGUUUUCUCUCCGCUCCGCGCUGUUCCUUUUGAAGACGGAGCCAAAGACGUGGCUACAGUGUGCUCACCCAUAAUAAUUUUAUAAAGCAGGUGUCCCAAACAGCAGGGUAGAGAUGAGUCAUCGCUGUUGCCAUGGUCGUGCAGGAGCUGAUGCCUCCCGCCUGGGGAUCUUCACUUCCUGUCCCAUCAGGAUUUGCUGUGUCCAGAUUUCCUGUCUGCCUGAGAGGGAGAGAUUAGAGAGCAACCAUGUUAUUAUUUUCUUCAUCUUGGCACACAGGCUUUUAUCUUUCCUCUCCCACACUCUGUCACAACUCAAUGAGACAUCUCAGUGUUUUGUAUUCCACUCCUGCAAGACCUCAAUCAUCUUCCCUUUUGUUUUCAUUUGUUUUAUCAUAGCAUGUUCUUCUGCUGUGCGUGCCAGCAGCUGUAUUUGUUCCCAAGAAGCUACACUGUCAGUGGGUGGAUGAUUUAGUCCCCCAUGCCUCCUAUGAAGGUUUUCAUUGUCUGAUUGAUUGUAUUAAACCUCUGUUUGGAAACAUCCCGCUUUAACUGACAUUACUGCACUACGCUUCCCUCGCAGUUCUUUCUUAGGCCCUCUGUGGAUGGUUGUUGAUGUGAAACUGCAUAAACUAGUGUUGUAUCUUUGAGUAAUGUGUUUGAACUUCGGACAGUUCAAGUGGAUCCUACAGGAAAAAGUCCACAUUGGAAAUCGCUGCAGCUGCGGGCUGGUAGCAGAAGGGUGGGCCACCUCUUUGAGCGCAGGAAGGAAUGCUCUGCACACUCAGCACUUUAUACAGACAUGUUCACAAAGACGGUUUCAGAAUGAGAUGCCAGUAAAUCUGCUCAAAAAUUUCUACUUUUUUCUAAUUGCGAUGGCUUUUGCAAGGUAGACUAACCUGCAAGCGCUCAGGCGUUGUUUACGGCUCCAGUGAUAAAACUCUAAUAUGUCUCUCAUGUGAAAUGUAACCAGUAAAAAAAGAUUAGCAGGUCUUUCACAGGAACGUUGUUUUUAAGAACAUCUGUGCAUAGUUUAAACAAAAGAGGUUUGAGUUUGUGGGGCAGGUGGUUUGAUUUAAAGAUGUAUGCAAAGUCCGCUCACACUCACAUAAAGGUAUUUUAGUUUAGGGAUGAAAAGGCAGUUUGUUUUUACUUUCAAAUCCUCCUCCCUCUUUCUCUCUCCUUCAUGUUUUUGUGCCUUCAGGGAUUUAGUUUUCCUUUUUUUUCUCGGUUGCUUUGAACAUUUAGGGUAAAAGUCCACAUGGCAGGGAGAAUGUUUUCAUCCUGUGUUGCCUUCACUUUCUCAAACAUCUCUAAUCACUUUGUUCCCCUUUUUUUUAUCUCUUUGCAGAAGAGGUUGACUACGCCAACUACGGCACCAACACGAUCACUCGUAAGAAGAAGGCAGUGGUCGCGCUGCGUAACAACGACGUCAACCGCAAGCGUCCGCACAUCCGCAUCGGCAUGCCCCAGGACUUUCGACCCGUCUCCUCCAUCAUCGACGUGGACAUCCUGCCCGAAUCUCACCGCCGUGUUCGCCUGUAUCGUCACGGUUCAGAUAAGCCUCUGGGCUUCUACAUCCGAGAUGGGACCAGUGUGAGGGUGACGCCACACGGGCUGGAGAAAGUUCCCGGUAUCUUCAUUUCUCGGCUGGUGCCUGGAGGGUUGGCGGAGAGCACGGGGCUGCUGGCGGUGAACGAUGAGGUGUUGGAGGUGAACGGGAUUGAAGUCACUGGAAAGUCCUUAGAUCAGGUGACAGAUAUGAUGAUCGCCAACAGCCACAACCUGAUCGUGACGGUGAAGCCGGUCAACCAGAGGAAUAACGUCGUCCGCAGCAGCAGGAUUUCUGGGAGCUCAGGACAGUCAUCCGACAGCAGCGGCUCGACUGGUUACCCAAGUUUGUCCGUUGCCACAGCAGGUGUCACAUCCUCUGGCGCUCAUGGUUACCAAGACGACCUGGAGAGUGACGAGGAGACGGAUAUCGUCAUUGAGAGCAGCCUCAAGCGGCCUUCUCAGAGGUCAAACGCUUCCCUGGCGUCUACUGCAUCCCGCACCCACCAGCAGACCUCAUCAACGGCUCAAAAUCCAGCGGCCCCUCCAAGCCCUCCCACACGGCCUUCAUCCGUGGUCUCCACUGCCUCCUUCCACUCCCAGCCCAGCCUCAACGGAGGAUCCCACCACCACCACAGCCAACACAGCAGCCUCAGCUACCAGCUUCACAGAGACCUGAACCUCCACCACCCACAGACCCAGCAGCAGCAGCAGCAGCAACCGCCGCAGCGCCAUCACCACGUACAGCCACCGCAUCACAGCAGCAACCCAGCCCUGCGCCACAGCAACGGAAGCCUGCACAAAAUCCUCAGCUCCAUGAAAACGGACCCACGACACAGCCUCGCACUUCCCAGGGGAGGAGUGGAGGAGGAUGGCACCGUCAUCACCCUAUAAUACUUAAAACCACACAGAGACUAACUGCUCAGAGACUAAAACUGGAACAGCGGACCGGAUACAAUGAGCGUGACUGUAUUUUGUAAGAAACUAAUUUUGUAACUUCUGUUUGUUUUUUUGAGAUAACUGAUUAUAGAAAGUUACAAACCAAGAAACAAGGAACAUGAAUUGUAUAUAUUUCUUGUAUUUUAAAAGUUUUCUUUGUCUUAAAGGAAAAUAUUUGUGUGUAUGUUUGUACUAAGCAUCAGAACAAACUGUUUUUAGGAGAGUCCACUGUAUGUUAGAGUUCUGAAUGUGCCUACAGCCUGAUGUCUUUUAUUAGUGACCACUUUUAUUAAGAUCCUUUUCAUUCUUACUUCUGGGACCAACUGGGGGUUGUUUGUGGAUGUUUUUAAAGAGUAAAUCUAUAUUUCUUAUAUUCAGAUAAAUGCUGUGUAGAGUAUGAUUUUUUUAAUAGUUCUUUUAUGCAUUGAUGAUUGUGAUCAAAUCCUUGUAUCUGUUCCAAUAAAUUAUUCUCACCAUUUUGCAAAAUAGAAA